GAAAUAAAGAAACAGAACCAACCGUAUGCCUUUAUAAGAUAUAGCGAUAUUCCAUCAGUAGUGAAAGCAAUUAGAAAAUACGACAACGAAUUUAUGGGUUCAACAAGACUAAAACUUGGCUAUGGAAAAAGCUUCCAUUCCAGUUGCAUAUGUAUUGGAAACUUCAAGGAAAUUUUCUGUGAUCUGAAAGCCAUCGAAAAGUAUUUGAACAAGUAUGGCCAAGUGAAAAAAAUGGUUCAGGAUCAUGAACAAAAAACAGCAUUAUGUUUUUUCGAAACCCGCGAAGAAGCAAAUAAAGCUGUAGAUGAUUUGAAGGCAAAAAUGAUCAACGGUAGACGAGUAGAGGUCGAAUUGGCCAGUCGUGAUUUUCAAACAUAUUUCAUGGAGCAUAAGAUCGCAAAACCAAAUGAAACGAAUAGCCAUGGCCGUGGCCGAUCCGGAUCAUGGAUGAGUGCCAAUUCCGUUGAUUAUGACGAACGGUCAUCAUAUGAUCGUAACCGUAAUACCUCUUUACAUCAUCACCAUCAGUCGUCAUCAUCAAGGUCUUCAUCAUCAUCGUUAUGUCAAGUGAGAUCUAACAAUAAUAAUAGUGUCAGUUCUUCGUAUUCAUCGAUGCGACAGCGUUCACAAUCGCCAUCAUCACCAACGGACAACUUGACACCAUUCUCCAACUCAUUCAAUCCUCGUCAUUCAUCAUUAACUCAGUCAACACUGCACGGCGGUAACACCAAUCGAAUAUCAUCUAAAUAUGAAUAUCAUCACGAUUCGUCCAAUUCAUGUAGAUCUUCGUCGAGACCAUCAUAUAGUCGAUAUGAAUCGCCCGCAGAUGAUGUCGACGAUGUUGAUGAUGAAUCGCAUCUCAGCUCAAGUUCGAAACGAGAUUCUCGUUACUCAUCAUCUCGGUCUCACUACAUGUCCGAAAAUUUCCUAUCAGACGCAAGUCCCAAAAUUCGUCGUGAUUCAAGUCCAUAUGGUUCAUCAUAUAGCAAUUCAUCCAAAUUGGAUUCCGAUGUUUUUCACCGGUCUAAUCGUGGUUCAACACAAAAUGAUGAAAUCAAAUCGUCUUCACAUGAUGAUGGUCAUGGCAGUUUAAGGCGAGCUGUCCAUUCGUCAUCAAAGAUUUACAAUAAAAAUUGUCGAGAUGUGUCGCCUACAUCACAUGUAUCUCAAUAUCGGAAAACGGGCCUUAGUAGUAGCAGCAGCAGUACGAGCAGCAACAGUCGAAGUCCGAUCCGUGACGCCAAGUCAAGUAGUCAUUAUCAAGACCGAACUUCCAGCGUCAGUCCACCAGCUAGUCCUAGAGCGAUUCCUUAUUCAUCAUCAUAUCACGAAAGUGAACGUCAAACACAUUCGACUUUGAGUGAUGCUAAUAAUGAUCAUCAGUCUCAGUCGUGGAGGAGAAAAUCGACGGAAGACACUAGUUGUCAUCGUGAUCAUCAAAAUUCUAUAUCUACAUCGGAUCUUUUGCAACGUGCUCGAUCUGAUUCAGUUUCCGAUGUUAGUGAUUCGAAUUUUUCUUUACUCAAUAACAGCUCUCAUCGAGAUCUAAGCCGUGAUUAUUUUCGUGAUCGGUUCCGUGAAUCACAUCACAGGACUAAUUCAAUAACUUCUACGACGUUGGCAUAUCAGAAUCGUAAUGAUUCGGUCAAAAGAAAAACGAUACAUAGCUCGCUUGUCGAUUCUGUAGACGAAAAUUCUUCCGAUCUUCCUGGACAUCUGGAAAGGAAGAAACGACUGUUAGCUUGUGUUGAGCAAUCAUCUACAACAAGCAAUUCAUCUACCGUGGCUGCUACCAACAACAGCAGUGUUUCAUCAAUUCACACUGGUAGUUUAUCUUCAUCUAAUGUUGUGACCAAUUCAUCGGUGGUCAAGAGCAAUGUUGAACCACGAAUUACCUCAUCUAAAAGUCUCGAUUCAUCAAGUGAUUUAAAGUUACAUCUUCAGAAAUCUCGCGAAUCGACCAAUUCGUUGGACAAUUCGUCAACGGGUAAACGUCGGCCAAGUAAUAGUAGUUUAUCUAGCAAUACGAGUCAAUUACUGAAUUGUAAUGAUGCUGCUAGUGAUGGUGGUAACACUUCAUUCAAAGAUCUCAAACCUAUUUUCGAACAUUAUUUGGCCGAAGGUAAACUUAGUGAAACGCAGGCAAGUGCCGUUCUCACUUUAUUACAAGAUCAAUCAAAAUCACAAGUAAAUCGAAAUUUAUUAAAUUCAACAUCAUCAUCAAGUUGUAAUGUUGGCACUGGAUUAACAAGCAGUCUAACAACGAUAAAUUCGACAAAGCCAAAGACCAAAGAUGGUUGUCCAACUCAAACAUCGCUUCGAAUUGUUGAUGUUACUUCUCCAAUGGUCAAUCAUUCAAUCGGUGAUCGACGUCUUUCUGGUCACAAUGCCCGUUAUAAUAAAAUUUCUCAACUAGUAACCAGAACCAAUUGCGAUAAUGAUCUCAAUAAUAAAAAUUCUAAAUCAUCCGAAACAUCUCAGCAACGAACGAUUACCAAUUUGGAAUUCGGUCCAAGCAGCCCAUGGAAUUUACCUUUGCCCGAGUUUGCGAUACCUCCUCAAUUAAAAUCGUCGACUGUAGGCAAUGACCAAUUCAAAUCACAUACAUCCACAUCGAUUGUGAUCACAAGCUCGACCACGAGUACUACAUCAACGUUGUCAACGCUUACUAGCACUUCAGCUAGUGGUACCAAUAUCACCCACAUUCCAAAUUUGACAAACACGACAACGUCAACAAUAACAUCGAUAAGUAGUACAUCACCCAAAACUGCAAACAUCAUGAGUCCUUUGGGCAAUCUUUCUCCUGUGCCAAAAAAUCGAUUUUCACGUGAUAAUCGUUUGUCUACUGAGACAAAUAGCUUUGAUUUCAAUGUUAAAUCCAAGAGUUCAAAUGAUCUGGAUGAUGUUUCAGAUUCUGAUCUUGGAACAUUGAUGAUCGAAGAUAAGAUCAAAGCUUUGGAUGAAAAAUAUAAUGCUUGGUCAGGGACGGCAAGUACAGCUCCGACCAUGAAAAGUGAAAAGACGCCGACCAUUGAUUAUAGUAAAUACAAUAUCAAAAAGAAAAGUCAAUCAAAUUCAUCGUCAAAUUCCAAUAGUGCUCUACUUUCAAACAAUAGUAAUUCAAAUGAACAUGAAUCGACUGAUAAGAUCAAAAAUAUCCUGUCGACGAAAUCAUCAGUCUUUGAUCAAGACUCUAAACGACUUGAGCAUCUGAAUGAAAAAUAUGAGCAAAAAGAUGUAUCCGCAUCAUUAGAUUUUGAUUCGAUUGGUUCACAUAAAAUUCUAUCCUCGUCUCGGCCCAAAUUUCCGAAUAAUCAAACAUCUGCUAUUUCAAAUCCGCUUGUUAUGCCCACCGAAAAGAUCAUUCAAAAUAUAUCGCUUGAUCCUUUACCAACAACCUCAACCUCUUCAUCAUCCACACCUACACCCAAUAUAUCUUCAUCAUCAUCAUCAUCAUCAUUGUUCCAUUCCUCACAUCAUAAUCAUAAUCAUCAUUCUUCAUCUUCAUCAUCAUCAACAAAUGCAAUUCCUACUUCGAGCAGCUCAAUAUCGCGUAAAAUUUCCGAAUCUUCGCGUACAAAUCAAAUCAAAAAAGAUCAUCUACUCGGUACUUCUACCUCACUUUCGUCGCCCACUGCGCCCGGCUCAGCGCCAGUGAGAUCAUCAUCAUCAAUGUUUCCACAAUUUUCACGAUCAUCAUCAAUACCAACCAGUAGUACGACACCGAAUACACCUACAAGCAUGUCAUCAGCAUCCGUCAACAGCAGCCGGCCACCUUUGUUCCUUUUGAAUUCUGCGAUUCGAAAAGAAUGUUCUUCGGUUUCAAACAAUUCUGCUAAUCAAUCGGUGAAUAGACCUACAGCCGAUGUAAAAUAUAAAAUUGAAUCCAUAUCCAAAUCUUCAAUUUCAUCUGCUGGUAAAAGUUUGGAUGGUGGAAGCUUGCCCAACAUCAACAACAAAAUAGCAUCAUCUUCGUUAACAAACAAUUCGUCUUGUAAAUCUGAUCAUCAAAGUCAAGCCAAAAGGGAUCAUUCUCUUACCAAAUCCUGCAGCUUACCGGAUCAAUCUUCACAAAACAGUAUAAAAAGCAAGCAUGAUAUUUCGUCAAAAAAUGAAUUCUCUUAUUCCAACUGUAACAUUGGUAAUAAUAUUUCAAAUAACAUCAAUAAAAAAGAAAUGGAACGGAAAAACUCAAAUUCUUUUUCGGAAUCGUCGUCUGGUUCUCAUAAUAAUAACAAUGAAAGUUGUGGUAAUGGUGCCAGUCAUCAUCAUUCGUUGAAAGAUCAUAUUAAAUUACAAAAAUCAAUUCAUUCGAAUAAAGAAUCGUCAUUAUCAAAGGAUGAACAAAGUUGUAAAAAACAGCAACAACAACAAACCGAAAAAGAGAAAACAGUUCGUGAAUCAAAAAGCGAAAUGUCAAGUCCACCGAUAUCGAAAGAGAAAAAUAAUAGUAAAAAAUGUAGCAAUUCUAGUGAAAUGAUUUUAUCGUCAAACAACAAAGAUAAAGAAAAGAUUAAAAAGAAAAACAAAGAAAAGGAAUAUUCCAACAAUCAUCAUCAACAGAAAGAUAAUAAUAAAGAACAGACAAAUCAAAAACAAACUGAUCAACAAUCAAGCAAACAACGAUCUAAAUUGUCAGAAAGAAGAGAAUCGACAAAGGAAAAAAUGAAGAAUUUUCAAGAAUCUUCUUCUAAUAACAAAGAGAAAAAGAAAGAUAAGCGUAAAGAAAGCAAAGAGAAAAAUAAAGAAAAUAAGAAUAAGUUGUUUGAAUUGGAUGAUGAGCCGAUUUAUUUUUCCAUGUAUGAUAAAGUGAAAGCCCGUUCAAGUGCAAAUCAAAGUUUAAAAGUGGCUAAGACAGGCAAUGAUCAUCUUGAUAAUGUACGGCAAAAACUAAAUCAGCUUAAAGAUAAACGACAUAAUCGUAAUAAGGAUGAUGAUGACGAUGAUGAUGAUGAUCAUCAUCAUCAUAAUAAAAAUAGUAAAAGUUCAGAAGAUUCUGAUGAAGAUUCUGAUUCAAGUUUUGAUCGAAAUAAUUUUAAGCAAAAAAAAUUGAUGAAAAAACGGCGUGCAAUUGUCAAAUCUGAUUCAUCUUCUGAUGAAGAUGAUGAUGAUGGUGAUGAAGAAUCAUUUUCACAUGUUUCAAUGUCUCUUCAUCAUAGCAAAAAAUUAUCGAAAAAAUUGUUGGUCAACGAUGAUGAUGAUUCCGGUUCGGAAAUGAUGGAAUCUUAUCAUAAUAAUGUCAAAGAGAAUAAGUUGAAAAAAUCGAAAAGAGAACAAGUAAAUAAAUUUUUCACUGAUGAUUCAUCCGAUAGUUCUGCUACAGAAAUGGCUAAAUCAUCGUUUCAACACAACAAAAUGAACAAAUCGAGAAUCAGCAACAAUAAAAUAUCAGAUGUCGAUGAAUCAAGUGCAGAGGAUUCAUCAACAUUGACCAAGUUUACUAAAAAACGGAAGAAAUUGAAAAAGGACAAAGACAAGGAAAAAUUCGGCCUAUCCAACAGCAGCAACAGUAAAGACAAACAUGAAUUGGUUGAAAACCAAAACAAAUUGAAAGAUCAUCAUUCCAAAUACAAUAAAAAGAAUAAGAUCCAAGAGAAGCAGUCGUCCUUAUCAUCACAUAAGGAAACAUCAUCGAUCCAAGAAGGCAAAAUCAAAUCGGCUAAUGAAAAAGAAAAACGACCAUUCGUCAUCAAGAGCGAUGAUGAUGGUGAUUUUGUUAGCCAAAAAAUGACAAAAUGCUUUUCCAACAGUAGCAGUGGCCAAAAGAAGAAGAAAAAGAAGUCAAAAUCAUCUUCGAAAGAAAAACGUCAUUGUUCACCCAUGAAAGAUGGUUUUGCAAAGGAUUCUAAUCGAAUGUCAACUAUGAACAAAUUGAAACAUGAAAUAUUUAGUGAUGAUAAUGAAUCAUCCGAUGCAUCCGCAAUGACCAAUUCUACCAGUAAUAAUCGAAAACAACGAUCAAGAAAUCAUUGGAAACUUACUGAUUCGGAAUCGGAGCCAACUAUGCAUCAAAUUUUUAAAUCUUGUAAAGAAUAUAAAGACGAAACAAGAGAUGCUCGUAUGGUGAACACAAUGAACAAAUCAUUAUACAAAAUGGAUAAACAACAAGCCAACAAACAAUCCAUCAAACACGAAAUGAUGGCUGCAAUGAUGAUGGAAAACAUUAAAAUGAAAGAUGACCGCUUUUCCAAGAAUAACAAAAUCAACAGCAAAAGUUCUUUUUCAAUGAUCAAUGAGAAUCAAAAAAUUAGCAAAUACGAUGAUUCAAAUUGUGAUUCAAUGAAAGAAAAUGUUAGCAAAAAGAAAAAGAAAUCAAGUAAAAGCAAGGACAAGGAAAAGAUUCGCAAAGAUUCUGCCAGUAAUGAUAGCAGUGAUAAGACCAGCAAUCAUUCAUCCUAUGAUCAACGUCAUCCUUGCAAAUCAUCUAUGCAUUUCAAUGAAUUGAAUCUAUUUCUGAGUAUGUCCUCACCACCAUCAUCCAAUCAAGAUGCUAAUUCGUGUCGCAGCGGUAGCAAUUUGUUGGAUCCAUCGAAAUCAUCCAUACUGAUUGCAUCCCCGCCACCUAAAACUCCAGAAAUUUCAAGCCCAAGAUCGUCUCCAUCACAUUACGUGGAAAAUAUUAUUAUUUCACAUGUUGAUGAUGAAAGUUCUUAUAUUGAUAGUAAGAUUGAUGAAGAUCUCAUCAACGAAAGUCAAACAAUAUUGCGACAUUGUAACGAGAAUUCAUCAUCAGAUUCUUGUCUAUCGGAUUCAAUUGUACAUGAUUCCGUAAGUCCUACGACAUCUCAUACUAAUGAUUUCAACAUCAUGUUAUCUGUACAAACUUCGUUUGGACAACUGGUGAAGCCGGGUGAAAUCAGUGGUAACGAUCCUUAUUCAACCAAAUCACCUAGUCCAUUCGAACAAAAACAUCGCAGCUGUGAAGACGAAGUGGCCAUUCAAUCGCUAAAAUUGCAAAAAGAAUUAGAAACAGUAAAUUCCAAAUGUGUAGAAAGCAAAAUCGACAUCAUGCAUCAUUCAUUUUUAUUUUCACCAUUCGAUACGACUAACAAUCAGGAAAAAACAAAUAUCGAAAAAUUAUCUUUUCGUUCAUCAUCACCAAUAUCUUCGAAAUCUGAUGAUAAUCAAACUACGACCAUUUUCAACAAUGCUGAAGGAACUGAACAUCUUACUAAAAUUUCCAUGAAUGAAGAACAUAAUAAGUGCAACACGGAAUUUAAUUCUGAGAUUGAAUGCCAACGGAAAAUCGAAGAUGAUCUUGCCGUGGCUGCAUUGUUGCAAGAUAUGAAUGAUCCAUGUGCAAUGGAAGAACCAAACAUCACUCAAUCCGGUGAGAUUGAAUCGAAUAAUUCUCAUCAUGAGCUACCGAUUCCCAGUUUUUUGAAUAUUAUUUCACCAAAUAACAGCGAAUCAGUAGUUUUACAACAAUCUGUUGAUAAUAGACCUGUUGUCAUGGAAGUUUCCGAUUCUACCGGUACCGUUACCAGUGCUGGAGAUCAUCAGACUGUCGUUACUGAUGUUGUCGUCGUUGAUGAUCAAGAACUUGAAGCCGCUGUACAGGAGAUUGAAUUUGUAGCACAAGAUACAAUCAAGGAAGAAGUGGUUGUCGUUAAACCUAACGAUGCUCCUAUCGUAAUUUCACCGAUUCCAUUGACUGUCGAUACAUGCGAUGAUGCUAUUAUGUUCAAUGAUGAUGAUGAUAAUGUUGAACACGAACUUGUUGUUGAUGAAAAUGUUUUGGAUAAGUCGUUGCAAGAAGAUCUUCCCGAUAUGUCACCAACUGAUAUUCAUAAACAUGAUACAAAUGCUGAACCAGUGUCAAAUGUUAAGGAAUUCGUCUCCUUCUCUGCUGAUCAAGUCAAAACUUCAUAUUUAAAAUCUCCAUCACAUUCGAUAACUGAUGAUCUUAACGCUAGUGAAAGCACAAUCACAAUUGAAAUUGAACAUUGUUUAACUAAUGUACAACCACAGAAUAUGUUUUCCGAAACAAUUUUGACAAAAAGUUCUACAACUGUUGUCGACGAAAGUUUGGCUAAAUCAUCACCGCAAUCGGAUGAAAAUCAAAAAACGACUCAAUUGAGUAUGCCAAUAUUGACUGCUAUGGAUAAUGACAACAAGGAGGCACCUAAACUGGAUAUUUUCAUGUCUCCGCGUGGUCAACAUCAGAAUAUUGAACAACAACAAAUUGCCAAAUCAAAUGAAGCUCAAUUGGACAAGGAUUCAGUUUUGAUGGAAACUUAUACGGCAGAACCAAAGAUCAUUCACGAAGAUACUAUCGAGAAAAUUGACAAUAGUCUUUUUCAAAACAUGGACGUUGAAGGAAAGUCAUCAAUUGGAAAAGAAGAAAAUUUAUCAUCUGGUAAUGAAGAUACGCCCAUGAUCACUGAAUCCUGUCUUAAUAAAAGCAACAAACGUGCAUUCGAUGAACUGGAAAUUGAUACUUCAAACGAAAAUACUUGCAGCAAACCUAAACGAGGAAGAAAGGCUAAAAAUCGCAAGAAUUCUGAUUCAUCAUUGCAUUCUCCAAGAAGUGAACAAGGACAAAAUGAAUCGACUCCAUUAUCGACAACUUUAUCCAUUAAUACAAAUCUGCCCGUCACCAAUGCAGCUUUACUUUCGCCAACUUCACAAUCUCCAGUUGCUUCAUCCUAUUCAUCGGAUAUAUCACCAGGAUCCCAAACAAAACGCGGCAAGCAGCAACAUACAACCGGCUAUAAUAUCUUUAGUUCAGUUCGAAGAAGUGUGCGUACAGCAGCUGUAACUGCAUCUGCUGUUAAUAGCACCACAUUGGAAGAACUUGAAGAUACCGAUUAUUCAAUGGAUGAACAACAAUCGAAUAAAGAAGAACAUGAAGAUGAUACUAAAAAUGGUGUCAAGAAACAAUCGAAACGAGGCCGAAAGAAAAAGAAUUCCGGAAAUGCCGACGCAUCAAAUAUCAAAACUGAUGACACCAAAAAACCAUUAUUGACUGUCAGCAAUGCGUCAAAUACUAAUCGCCCGAAAUCUUCGAUUAGUCCUUAUGAUGUUUUCGAGUUCACUGAUGAUGAAGAUCAAGGACCGUUAACUUUGGAUCAUAUCAAACCUCCUCAUUUUAUGUCAUCAAUGACGGAGGAUAAACAUCAUUUUGAGAAACGUCAUCAAAAUGAAAAUGCUGAAAAUACUUGUCCCACCUUGACGACUGUUAAACAAGAAAAUAUUAUUGAAACUCAACAAUCUGGUCCUCUUGUUCCAAGUGGUGGUGUUUCAAAAGAAUAUGUUUCCGAAGUCAAUCCGAGUGGUAAAUUGGUUAUUCGAUUACAAGAUUCGGCUAUUGGGGUUUCUGAAGGCAAACCAACCAAAGAUGAAAUUAAAUCAUCAGAAGAAUGUUCCAGUGCAAUCACCAGUAGCUUAGUUCCUGGUGACAAUAAUAAUGCUCAGUCGAUCAAAAGUGUACGAAAAUCUGCUAGGCUGAUGUCUCAAGGUACCAAAAUCAGUACCGAAGAUGACGAAAUGACAUUAAAAAAUACUAAAUUGUCCAAUGAAACUACGAACGAGAAAGGAAACUGUAAAAGAGUUACUCGUUCAUAUCGUAAAAGUGAUGAUGCUCAACAUUCAGGUAAUGCUACUGGUAGUCAAGAUUCUUCAGAUGAUCAAGAUGAAUCCAAAACUUCGUUGCGUGCACAUCGAAUUACAAGAUCUAAAGGUGGAUCAUCUUCGGCUCAAGAACAAACCAAUGAUUUAGAGAUUAAAAAUGAUCCUGAUGUUGGUUCAGCAGAUGAAUCGACUUUUCCAGAAACCUUAACAACAAUUCCAUGUCAAGAAUUACCACAGGAGGAAUCCAACGCCGUUUCAACGCAAAUUUCUUUGGAAAUUUCUGAACCUUCUAUUUCUCAUCCUGUUACAUCAUCUGUCACUGUUGUUCAAUCGACACCUGAAUAUCAUCCAUUGGUGAUCAAUGCACCAAUCGCUGAAAAUAAAAAAUCCGAAUCUACCAGUGUUAUUCAAUCAACUGGCAAUGUCGAAAAGAUAUUAACGCCCGAUGUAACUAUCACAACUACAGCAACAACAUCAAUCAUUGUUCCAUUAUCGACUCCAUCGACAUUGACUAAUAUCUCACCAGUGAUAACUAAUUCGUCAACUGUUGUCGUUUCUAAUUCACCAUCUACAGUUAUCACUUCAACACUAUCACCAAAUUAUAAUUUACAAGAUAUACCAAACAUUUCCGAUCGUAUCCAUCAUUCACCAUAUACGCCAGUGAAAUUAAAAACAGGCAAAGGUCUAAUUUUUGAUAAUUUUAAAGCUCCUAUUAUCGUAUCUGGUCAUGAUAACAGCCAACAACAGCAAUCAAAAGUGACAGAAUCAUUAACGAGCACUCCCAACGUUCAAUCAGUGAUGAUUAAGCCUAAAUAUCAACAUCCUGUAGGACAAGCUGCAGAGAUACGACCCAAGUCUCCUAUUAAUAUUCCGACGUCAUCUUCGGUCUCUGUGGUCAUUAAUGAUCCAAUUAAAAAUGAGUGUCAUAUAUCAUCGCCAUCAGCAAUAACUCCGCCAUCUAUGGCCGAUUCGAUUAAGAAUCUAAGUAGCCAAUCAUCACAUUCAUCGGUUCCGAUUGUCAACAAAACAUUUACACAAAAUAAAUCCGUCCUUCAAGUGGCUGGUAGUAGUAAUGCUCAAACUCAAGAUUUAAAUCUACCUUAUCCUGGCAAUUUAUUGCCUUCUACUAGUCCACAUCAUUUGACAUCAACAAUCAGUUCCGAUGUAUUUAAUAUUCAAUCUCAACAGCAAAAAGAUUAUUUGAGCUCGUUGCAAAAACAGCAAAUAAUUACCAACAACAAUAGGUCUACGAAUCAGAAAUCAGAUUCUAUUUCGGAAUUUAUAACCUCAUCAUUGAAUAACAACGAUUUACCACCAAGCACACAGACUACUAAUCAUCAAAUGCCAAAUCCAGCUUUUGCAGCAACCAUGUCACAAAUCAAACCGCCAGUAACAUCGGCUAAUUUAUAUGAUUAUGAAAUGGCAAUGCACAAUUCAUUAAUUUGGUCAAAUUUUUCACCAGGAAUACCUGGUAUACCUUUGACAGCCCAUCGUUUCAUAUAUCCUGGACCUGCGUUUCUACCUCCAGGUAUCAAUCCCGAACAAGUUGAACAACAAGCGCAACAAACAAAAUCGAAAGCGAGUCAACAAAAAGAAGGGUUACAUCGACCAUCAUUCAUUGAAGAACCCAAAUUACAUCCUGGUCAAGAGCAGCCUUUCACGUUUGACAUGUCUGGUCUUGGUUCAGCUUCUCAACGAAAUUAUCCAAUCAACCCUAAUUUACGCCACUUUAGUCAGUUGAUUGCACCUCAUGAUUCUCCAACAUAUUUGCAAUAUGGACUUAAUGGUCAAGGUCGUAAUUUUUCUAUGCCUCCGUUGAAUUACGGUGGUCUACCAAAUAACACAGAAAUCUCGAAACAAUUACAAUCGCAAUCACCAUCUAUUGAACAAAAACGACCAUCCAGCAAACCAUCAAUAACGAUACAGGAUACAGCAAUAUAUUCAUCAAAUCCAAGACCUUUGCCAUCACCGGCACAUUCUCCAGCUUACCGCAAAGAAAUGCCUGCAGAAUUGAACGCUGAAAUUCUCCGUAAUCAAAUGACCAAUCAAUUCAGUUCAAGUAAAGAAUCCGUACGAAGUUCCAGUCCACCAUUGAAUAUGUCAUAUCAACGUGUAUUAUCUCCGAAUCUGCCUCAGCCACUCAGCAGACCAUCUUCUGAGUGCUCCGUUGAACAGGCCACUAUUACAAACAUCAAACGAACUUCUAAUGCCGAAUCAUCUCAAAUAACACCUCCACCAGUUACCAAUUCGGUGGCAUCAUCUCAUGUGAUACCACAAAAUGGUCCAAAUUAUCCUAGCAAUAGCAGUAAUACUUCCCAACAUGUUAUACUGCAAAGACAUCCAAUGCUAUGGCAAGGUCUAUUGACACUUAAAAACGAACAAGCUGCGGUUCAGAUGCAUUAUGUUUGUGGAAAUCGAAACGUUGCUGUACAAGCACUUCCAUUCCUUGAAAAUAAUUCUGCUUCAUUGAGAAUCACACAGCGUAUGCGAUUCGAACCAAGUCAAUUGCAAUCACUAGAGAAUAAAAUACAGUCCAAAGAUGAAUGCUGCAUUUUGUUGGCUCUUCCUUGUGGUCGUGAUCAGGUGGACGUAUUAACACAAAGCAAUAAUCUGAGAAAAUAUUUCAUCACCUAUCUGCAAAGCAAAUUGGCUGCCGGCAUCGUCAAUGAUUCAGCUGGUUAUAUCACACAUAUAUUUCCGCCAUGCGAUUUCUCUGAACAACAUCUCGUACAGACUGCACCGGAUAUGUUGCAUCACUUAUCAGGAAUAUCUCAUCUAAUGGUGGUCAUAACAACGACAACCAAUAGUACAAAUCAUGUUUGAACUUAAUGUUAAUGAUCUCUUCUCAUGA